CAGUCUGUCAGGUUUGACACGCAUGACACACACAAAUUUCGACCAAUCAUCUCAGCAGCCAGAACAGGCAAAAGGGAAAGAAAAGCGACCAUUCCUCAGAUCUGCAAUUCUUCUCGCAACGGAAGCUAGCCAAUAACCGAUAUGGAUAACACGGUGGCACUGUACAAACAGUUAAAAACGGAGUGGACGAAGUCUCCGAUCAAUCUGAAACUGUGUGGCACAGUCCUAGACAAAUUGAAGGUAGCUCUUGCUGGAAUGUCCUACAUUCCCACAGGGAACACUCAGGCCAAUCAGCAGGAGUUGCUCAUCGCAAGAGAUGUCCUAGAGAUUGGUGUGGAGUACAGCAUCGCCACCAAAAACAUCCCGGCAUUCGAGCGUUACAUCCUGCAGCUGAAGUGGUUCUACUAUGAUUACAACACAUUGAUUGGGGAGUCCAAGAACAAGUACCAGCUGCUGGGGUUAAAUUUGCUGUUUCUGCUAUCCCAGAACCGCGUAGCUGAAUUUCACACCGAGCUAGAACUGCUGCCCUCCGAUAUUAUACAAACGAAUGCCUUCAUUCGGCAUCCGCUAGCGCUGGAACAGUAUCUAAUGGAGGGACGGUACAAUAAAAUCUUUCAAGCGAAGGGUAACGUACCGGCGGAAAGCUAUAACUUCUUCAUCGACAUCCUGCUGCAGACGGUUCGCAAUGAGAUCGGUGCCUGCUUGGAAAGCUCGUACGAGCGAAUCUCACUGCAGGAAGCCGCCAAACGGUUGAACCUCAAGACGAAGGAGGAAGUGAAGCAGUUUGGCGAGAAGAGGGGCUGGAAGUUGAAUCUGGACGGGUUUUAUCAUUUUGUGAACGAGCUAGCCAAACCUAAGGAACCGAUACCAUCACAGGAGCUGGCUGAACAGGCGAUCAUGUAUGCACGGGAGCUGGAAAUGAUCGUGUAGAUCCGUUGGCGAACAUUUGUUUGAUAACGUGUGAGAUACCCUAUAGGAGAAACGGUUCCGCGAAGUUAUUUCGAAUCCUGUUUUUCGAUCGGAAUAAAAACCUUACAACGUAA